AUGGCUGGGUGGGGCACACUCGGCAUGGGUCGGGCUGCUUUGGCGGGGCUGCAGAGGUGUCGGGCCGUGAGGACCCGCUUGCCGCGCCGCUGGGCAUCACAAAUUGUCGCCCUCUCCCAAUUUGACACUGUGGAGAUUCGCUCAGCCCUUCCCGUUGUGGUCCGAGGCCUCAACCCCUUGGCCAUGGACACGGCCCAUCUCGAUGAACGUGAUCAAUUGGGCCUCAUGUUGAGCCAGCAGCCCCGCGACAACUUUGAGCUGACAGACGAUGCGCCAGAAAUGCAAGCAACCGUUGAAACUGCGAAUGACCGCGUGUGCAUCACCAUUCCUUCCGAGUUUGGUCAAGCCGACGCCAGCCUGGGCCUCCACGUCUGGCUCCCCUUUUCCUGCAACAUUGACGUUCAGACUGAAGGCUCUGCCGGGGUCGAGCUUCAUGGCCUCGAAGGAGGGAGAAUUGCCGUGCGCACCGUUGCCGGCUCGUGCCACUUGGCUGGCGUGAAGGCACCCUCCUAUGCCAUCACCUCCGAUUCGGGAGACGUGACUAGCUCCGUCCUGCAGGGAGACAUUGAUGUCACCCUCCAGUCGGGUAACCUCACUCUCAAGCGGCUCAUGGCGCUCGAGAGCACGCUGCGUUUGCAUGCCGGCAACUGCAAAGUGGAGGCUCUCUACGGCACCGUGCGUAUGGAGCUGGGUGGGAACAACGCCGUCCACGUCGGAGACUGUCACGGCAACUGCUUUAUCCACGGGUCCACGGCCUCUGUCUUUCUCGGUACCGUUGAUGGCCAUGCCGAUGUGGAAUUGGAAGCUGGCGACGUUGAUGCCUACCUACUCCGUGUGGAUGCCGCGCGCUUUGUCAACCACCAGGGCAAAGUCCAACUGCGGCUCUCCCCUGAUCUCAGCGCCACGCUGCGCGUACCAGCCACCUCCAACUUGCAUCUGACCGACGAGUUUGGUGCCUUGCCUCCUUCUGAACCACAACCAGCUAACCCUGACGCAACCGAGCUCAACGUGAAAGUCAACGCGGGCGAGGUCGAGGUGCCGGUCCACGCUCCCGAAGUGACCCUUGGCAUUCAAUCGUACAUCAGCGCCAUGUGGGGAAAACGUCGUGGGGCGUGA